GACAAACGUUAUUUUGAAAUUUUCGAAUCAUCGAGACCGACUUUCGCUACCAUCUGAUUGCUGCUAUCAACAUCAACAUUGGACCGAAACUUUUAUAAACUUGGUCGAGUGCUAGUUAUUUCGCGGUUUUUUAAACAACUUUCCCUGUAAAAAAUUAAAAUUAAGUAUUCGAAACUUGUACAUCAUUUCGAUCUCCCUCGAUUAGUUUUGAAGAAUACGAAAGUAAGACACGAUGAUUCCAGUCCUACAGUAAUAUUCUACUACCAAUAUCCGAGGUAUUCGAAACAAUAUCCUAUCAUUCCUCGUUAUGAUCUUCAAGCACAUUUUUUUAAAGAAGAUAGCAUCUUGACUCGUUGUUAUCAGUUCCGGUCCAUUUACAUAAUCCUCGAAGCACCAACAUGACUUCUACAUCGUCGGCGAAUCAGUCAUCAGGAGUAAACAAGACGUGGGAAUUAUCGCUUUACGAAUUGAAUCGAGAACCUCAAGAAGUAGUCACUGACGAAAGAGAAAUCAAAGUUUCUCGUAGAACUUUGCAUAGCGAACUAAUGUGUCCAAUAUGUCUGGAUCUGUUGAAGAAAACCAUGACUACUAAAGAAUGUCUUCAUAGAUUCUGUUCCGAAUGUAUUAUUACCGCGUUAAGAUCCGGUAAUAAAGAAUGCCCUACGUGCAGGAAAAAACUAGCUUCUAAACGUUCGCUGAGACCAGAUCCGAAUUUCGAUUUACUUAUCCAAACGUUGUACCCGAAUCGAGAAGAAUACGAAGCUCAUCAAAUCAAAGCUUUGGAAAAACUGAAUAAUAGUCAGAGUCAAGCAGCGUUAGUUUACUCGAUCAACGAAGGUAUCAAAGUGCAGAACCAAACGCGUUUCCAGCGUUUGAAUAAACGAUCUCAAAACGAUGGCGAAACUUCGACAUCGGCGAUAAAUAAUUCCGACUCGAAUGCUCUCGAUACUUCGGUCGAUCCUCAGCCUUCAACUUCCGGCAAUAAAACUAAUUCCGAUAAUCCUCGUUCCAAAAAAAGUAAAGCUUCCGAAGCACGUGUUAAUGCUGCAGAUUAUACAGAAUCCGACGACUUGGAGCUUAUUUUUAAACCACAUCCUACCGAAAAUGAUUGGUCCUUUACUAAGUUUUUCACCGACGAUCUAAAACGAUAUUUGAAAACUUCCGCUGAUGCUACCGUCGAGCAUAUAAGUAAAUAUGUUACCGACAAGGCGACUAGAGAUUGUGGUAUGGAUUUGAGUAAAAUUAAAUUGAAAUUCAGCGUUUUGAAUUCGCCCAAUUCUAACGAAUACAUUCCACUCAAUGAUAAAGAUACUCUGCAGUAUAUCAUCGAUACGUAUUGGCAAAACGAUACUCCUUUAGAAUUGUAUUAUAAUUCGAAAAAAAAUUGAGCUUUUUUUUCUUUUUUGUAUAAGUGUAGCGCAAUUAUGAGACGUACGAUUUCUAUAUGUUAUUUUACGAUGAUCUGACUUUCAGAAAAUCAUUACGAUUGAUUUUUUUUUUGAGAAAAUGAUCGUCGAUAAAUAGCCCAUGGACGUGUGUUGUCUUAAUGCCAAAUAUUUUGUGUUAAUUCGUCCUCGAGUGCAAUUCGACGUGUAAUAUACGUUCUAAUUUGUACUUUUGCAUUUACUAUAAUAUGUAUUAUGGUAAUUUCUCAUUUUUAUGUUAUCGGAUUUCUUGUUCUGUAUUUUACACUUUUAGAAUUUUUUUUAUACUACUCGAUGAAUGUAAUUUUACGUAUUGUUUUUCGUGUUUCGUGUCAUUUUUAAUAUUGUUACCUUUUAGUAUACCUAUUCGAUGUGGAAAAUUGUUGUGUAAUGGUUCUGUCGCGUAUUUUAGUAGAACAUCGUGAAUUACAUACUGGAAUGUGUCAUUUAACAACGUUGUAAGACUAAGAAUAUAAGCGGUAUAGUGCGAGAUUUUGAACUAAAUAAAUUUUUAUAUUGAAAAAUUA